UGUCCUGGUGUUGUCCUGGUGUUGUCCUGGUGUUGUCCUGGUGUUAUCGUGGUGUUAUUGUGGUGUUGUCCUGGUGUUGUCCUGGUGUUGUCGUGGUGUGUAUUAAAGCAGAGGAUGAGCUCAAAUAAACCUGGCCCUGCUGAGCUCAGAGACGUCCUCACAGCUGGCUGGAGCCAGGCGACGUGCUCUGUGAUAUUUUUACCUGACCAGUCUCUGCUGCUUCCACACUAGUGUAUCCAGUUACAGCCUUGUUCCCAAGGCAACAAACAGGGCCUCCCAGCCACACCUCCAGGGCCUAGCAGGCGUGCCACUGGCGGUGAGCCUGAAAUGUUGAACUUGAAUGAACAAACACGUGCUGAUAAGAGGCGUGUUGGCUGCGUGUGCCAGCGAGCGAGCAGCUGACUGAUGUACAGUAACACGGACUAAUAAUAGCAGAGCAGGCUGCAGGACGGCUCUGUGGUACCGGUGGGUCUGGAGAGAGGCUCUGUGUCAGUCCAGGUCUGCCUCUGGAUGUGUGUUUGUGUGUGUGUGUGUGUGUGGUCAUGUGGAAGUGGUUCAAUGACUGUCUGUUCUUUGUGUGACUGGAAUGUGAUGCAGAGGUGUGGCAUUAAAACCAGCUGUGUGACCUUGUUCACUGUGUUUAGCUUCUGUUGUUUAACUGUGGAUUAAUUAAUCCUGGAUUAAUUGGAUUAAUCAUGUCAUGUACAGAAGUAGCUUUAUCUUUGCUCAGACUGUGUUAGUGAUCUGAUUGUAUCUUAAGUCUUCCAUUAUCUGAUGAUCAGACAGCAGACAGUAUCUCUGUGUUGGACUCAGUCCUGGGAUCUUAGUGGAGGUCUGAGUGUAACAUGAGAAGCUUCAUCAUCUGUGAGGACUCUGAAUCUUUGGACCGGUGCAUCCAGACUGCCCUGUCAGCCCUCUACCCGCCCUUCCAAGCCACAUCCCCGACCGUCCUCUGUCAGGUCCUCAGUGUGGUGGAGAGCUGCUACAGAGGAGAUGGUCUUCGCUACCUACUCCACUUCCUGUUACCUGCAAAGCAAUUUCUAGUGAACCUCCAGCAAGAUGCCUGUUUGCCGUUCUGUGGUCUGUUGUUCCGUCAUGAAGGCUGGCCUCUGUGCCUCCAUGAGAAGGUAGUGAUCCAGCUCUGUUCUCUGGACCAGCACCUCCUCAGACCAGGAGACUUCUACCUGCUUGUUUCUCCUCCUGCUCCUCCUCCACCUCGAGCACGUGGUGCCUCCUGCAGGAGCGCUGUCAGCUCCUCCCCCCGCCUGCUCCUGUGCAGCGUGUCGGCCGGCAGUCAUGUGGAGCAGCAGGAGGUGCCAGAGUUAGCCCUGCGGUCCCUCUUCAGCAUGGCGUGGCUGGACUCUGUGAACAGGGAGAGGGAGCAGCGAGGAGCGUCCCGGCUGGAGCGCUGCGUCCUCUCCGCACACGGUGACGUCUUCAGGGUCCCCUGGGAGGACCUGGUCUACCCACAGUUCAUGAGCCGGCCCCUUGCCUCCCUGAAGGAGGACAUGGAGUCGCCCGUUAAGGAUGGAGACGUGUUACGAGAUUCUGACACGUCACAGGACGUGAAGCUCCUCCCAUCUACAAAAACUGACCAGUCAGCAGCGAGCAGCGAGGGCGAGGACUCGGAGGGCGAGUAUGUGGAGCUGACAGAGCUCCCGCUGCCUCGCUUCUCCCCUCAGAAAGGCUCCCUAACCCAGUCCAUCAGCCUGCAGCACCGGACCAGCACCAGCACACACUCCUCCUGGACCUCCACCCAGCCCAUCUCACACACCGGGCUCAAGGAGAACAUCAAGGAGAACCUGAAGCAGGACUCAUCCGUCAUCCUCACCCCUGUCUCCUCCUCUUCAUCUUCUGCUCCUCCUGAAGGAGGGGGAACCUCAGAGGAGCACAGAGGAGGUACUGAAUCAAACAGGAGUCCAAACACUGAGCCAGCAGAGAGCACAGAACUGAGAGAGGAGGAGGAGGAGAGGGAGGAGGAAAGGGAGGUGAUGGUGUCAGUUAAUGAAGGUAGAGAGAAGGAGAAACAAGAGUCUAGAAAGGAUGAAAAUGUACUGCUGCACACUGCCGAGGAGGGAGGAGAGAAGGAGGAGGAAGAAGAGAAGGAAAGUAUAGAGACUGAGGGAGAGGAUGAGGCAGAGCAGGUGGAGGUAAAGGAGGAGGUUCAAGUUAUAAUCGUGCAGCAGAGUCAUGAAAGAACGCAGGAAGAGGAGGUGAUGAAAGAAGAGGAGAGAGGAGGUGAACGACUGCACAAAGAUGAGAAAACUGACUCAUGUAGAAACACACACUCUCAGGACUCUUAUUUUGAAAACCAUGCACUACAAACACAAACUAAAGACAUUUAUUUUGAAAACACACUGCAAACGCACUCUGAGGACUCUAAUUUUGAAAGAACGAGACCACAGGCACCACUAGAAGACUCUUUUUGUGAAAGGAACAUACAAACACACACUGAGGACUCUUUUUGUGAAAGGAACAUACAAACACACUCUGAGGACUCUUAUUGUGAAAGGAACAUACAAACACACACUGAGGACUCUUAUUGUGAAAAGAACACACUACAAACUUACUCUGAGGACUCUUAUUGUGAAAGGAACACACUACAAACUUACUCUGAGGACUCUUAUUGUGAAAGGAACACACUACAAACUCACUCUGAGGACUCUUAUUGUGAAAGGAACACACUACAAACACACUCUGAGGACUCUUAUUGUGAAAGGAACACACUACAAACUCACUCUGAGGACUCUUAUUGUGAAAGGAACACACUACAAACUCACUCUGAGGACUCUUAUUGUGAAAGGAACACACUACAAACUCACUCUGAGGACUCUUAUUGUGAAAGGAACACACUACAAACUCACUCUGAGGACUCUUAUUGUGAAAGGAACAUGCAAACACACUCUGAGGACUCUUAUUGUGAAAGGAACAUACAAACACACACUGAGGACUCUUAUUGUGAAAAGAACACACUACAAACUUACUCUGAGGACUCUUAUUGUGAAAGGAACACACUACAAACACACUCUGAGGACUCUUAUUGUGAAAGGAACACACUACAAACUCACUCUGAGGACUCUUAUUGUGAAAGGAACACAGUACAAACUCACUCUGAGGACUCUUAUUGUGAAAGGAACACACGACAAACUCACUCUGAGGACUCUUAUUGUGAAAGGAACAUGCAAACACACUCUGAGGACUCUUAUUGUGAAAGGAACAUGCAAACACACUCUGAGGACUCUACACUCAACACACCAUCAAAGGAGUCUGAAAAUGGACAGGACACACAAGAGAAGAAGAUGGAGGAGGAAGACAAAGAGGAGGAGGAGAAGAGCAGCUGUGAGGAGGUUGGUGGAGGAAGAACUGCAGAUCUUCGGACUGAAGACUUAAGCCGUCAGCUGACUCCUGUCCAGUCACAUGAUCCCGGUCCAACAGAACCAGAACCAGCAGCAGCCUUUCCACAGCUGGACCUGUCAGCUGCUCCCACAGGCCGUGUCCAGUCCUCCCAGCCCUGCUUCUACAGAGUGCUACUGAGCUCUGGCGCCCUCUGUCUGCCAGGAACCAGAGACCGGAGUGGUCGAGCCCUGCUGACGGUCUGUACCAGAAACACCGUGUGGUCGAACCCCGACUGUGACAGCGCCGAGCUGCUCCGUCUUCUGCUGUACUACACCUCCACCCUCAGGAAGGAGGUGCAAGCGUUGGGGCUGAUGGUGCUGGUGGACACCCGCAGAGCCGCUCCGGUUCCCGCCCUGUUCUCCGCCCUGCGGUCCCUCCAGGAUAACAUCCCAGGCUCGGUCCACUCUGUGUUACUGCUGGUCAACAAGGACUCGUCUCUCCAUGUGGACAAACCUGCAGGCGCUCAGGUGGAGGUGUUGAGCUCUCUGAAGGCGAUUCACAAACAGGUGGAUGUUCAGCAGCUUCCUGAAGAGUUUGGAGGAUCUCUGAGCUUCAGUCAGAGCAGCUGGCUGUGCUUCAGAUCAAGGGUGGAUCAGCUCACCGCUCAGUGUGAGGACGUCAUCAAGCUGCUGCAGAAAACCAUCAGCAUCCUGCAGAGCACACCUGUACCUGCUGCAGCUCAGGAUGCCGAGCUGCUGUUGUCGAGGUACAAGGCGGUGAUGUGCAGCAUCCUCGAAGACAGCCGAUUGGUUCAGCUGCAGCAGGAGGGCGGAGCCUCGCUGUCACGGCUCCGCAGAGAGGAGAGCGCCAUCAGCGUGACGGAGGAGUACCGGGCGGCGGUGGAGGAGGUGUCGAGUCUGUACGACGAGGUGGACGAGCUGCUGCACCGCCUGGUGACCCUGUCCAACUCCAAGACCCAGGAGCUCCACUUCAUCCUGGACUUCAGGAGCCUGGAGGAGGGCUUCACCCAGGUGAUGGCGUGGCUGCAGGACGUCGGCGAGGUCCGUCUGAAGAGUCUGAACCAACCCGAGGACUCUCUGGACCUGCUGACUCGGAAACAACAGGACUUCAAAGACUUCCACACCGAGGCAUACGAGCGCUGUCGUCAUGGCGAGGAGUUGCUGAGUCGUCUGGAGAGUUGGGGCGAGCUGUCGUCAGCUGACCUUCGACCCUAUGAGGUCAAAGUUCAUUCUUUCUGGGCUCAGCUGCAGGACUUCUCUCAGCGGGUCAGAACCACGGGCCAGAACCUCGAGCGGACCGUCGCUCUCUACCGCUUUUUAGAUCAGGCCUAUGGCUGGGCGUUGGAGGGCAUGCGUCACUUAGCUGGAGUCAGUAUGGAUGACUGCACACUGCCCAACAAAUGCCAGGCUGUGAUUGGCUGCCUGGAGGAGUACCACCGCCAGCACCCACCAAUCCCAGAUGAGCGCUUCCAGGAGAUGAAGGCGGCGGCGGGCGAGCUGCGCGGCGAGCGAGGCCUCUGUCAGUGGAGCUUCGCCUGGUCCAAGUGUCAGGAGACCAAGAGGAUGUUUGACAGGAAGAUGGAGGCGGCGCUAAGGACCAGAGACUCCGCCCACCGCAGGAGCUUCGCCUCCUCCAGGAGGUCCUCCUUCUCGUCCUCCUGCUCCCCAGAGGAGGAUGCCCUCACCUCCUCUCCACCUCGGAACUACUCCUCUCACUCUCUGCUCCCCAUCACCUCCACCCCUGCUCCUACUUCCUCCUCCACUGCUCAGCACACUCUGCUCCUCCGCCAUCUGCUCCGCAGCUCCUCCUCCAAGGACCCAGCCGACCGGGCAGAGGUCUGCUCCUCCAGUCCCAGCCUGCCCCACCUGGGCUCCUCGGCCAGCUUCACCCCCUCCACCUACUCCUCCUCCUCCUCCUCCUCGUUAUCCUCCAGCAGGCGGCAACAGCUGAGGAAGACUCAGAGCUUCGACUGCCCCUCCACCCCCGAGGCGCCGCGGUACUGCCCGUGUCCUCGCGCCCUCAGUGAGCCGGCGCACAGAGGAAACACGGGCGUGUUCAUCCGCGGCCUGGAGGUGAGCAGCGCAGAGGCCGCCGACCACACUCUGUGCCCCAGGACAGGUGCUCACGGCUGGGCAGGGAAGGGGCUGCGCAGCCCCGGGACACCUGGGAAACCCAGAACCACCGGGACCACCAGGAGCCCGGCAGAGUCCAGACCCAGAGGGAGUAAGCUCCGUCACGUGGUGGAGGAGAUGGUGACCACAGAGAGGGAGUACGUCCGCUCUCUGCAGUACAUCAUCCAUCACUACUUCCCUGAGAUGGACCGGGCUGACCUUCCUCAGGACCUGAGGGGGAAACGCUCCGCCGUGUUCGGGAACCUGGAGAAGCUUCUGGACUUCCACAGUCAGUUCUUCCUCCGAGAGCUGGAGGCCUGCUGGAAACACCCGCUGAGAGUCCCACACUGCUUCCUGAGACACCAGGAGCAGUUCAGUCUGUACGCUCUCUACAGUAAGAACAAACCAAAGUCUGACGCUCUGCUAGCUCACCACGGGAACUUCUUCAGGAUGAAGCAGGUGGAGCUCGGCGAUAAGAUGGACCUGUCUUCGUACCUGUUGAAGCCGGUGCAGAGGAUGAGUAAGUACGCUCUGCUCCUCACUGACCUCAUGAAGGAGGUGGGCGUGGCUCAGGAGGCGGAGCUUGCAGCGCUGCAGGCUGCCACCGACAUGGUGAAGUUCCAGCUUCGCCACGGCAACGACCUGCUGGCCAUGGACGCCAUCCGAGACUGUGACGUGAACCUGAAGGAGCAGGGUCAGCUGAUCCGACAGGACGAGUUCACGGUCUGGACCGGGAGGAGGAAAUGUCAGCGCCACGUCUUCCUGUUCGAGGAGCUCGUCCUCUUCAGUAAACCCAAGAAGGUGGAUGGAGGGCUGGACGUGUUCAUCUACAAGCAGUCCUUCAAGACAGCAGACGUAGGUCUGACAGAGUCCGCCGGGGACUCCGGGCUGCGCUUUGAGAUCUGGUUCAGAAGGAGGACGUCCAAGAAUCAGACCUUCAUCCUGCAGCCCGCCAGCGUCAACACCAAACAAGCCUGGACCGCCGACAUCGCCAGAAUCCUCUGGACCCAGGCCACCAGGAACAAAGAGAUGCGUCUGAAGGAGAUGGUGUCGAUGGGCGUGGGAAACAAACCGUUUCUGGACAUUCAGCCGAGUGAUGCAGCCAUCAGCGACCGAGCUGUUCAUUACAUCAUGAAACACAGAGGUGCCAGAACACGGGCAUCCAUCGCCGUCUCUGUAUUCGAUCACUCCAACCCGUUCAAACGAGGAGUCGUGACCUCCGACCCCCCAACCUCAGGACCAUCUUCAUCCAGCCUGCUGGGACCGCUCAACCUGCACAUGUACAGUCAAGCCCUCCCCUCGUCGUCUCCUGCUGAGAGCUCUUACAUCACUUCCUGUAUCGAGGAGGACGAGCAGGAGCACGAGACCAGCAGCCAGCCCUCCAUGACCACGGAGAGUUCUGGUUCAUCAUCUCGAUGUCUCUCCGGCUCCACCGGCUCCGACAGCGGCUGCGUCUCUUCCAACCUCCAGGAGGCGCUGCCCGAAGAGACCAGCCCUCACAGCAUACACUGCUCCUCCUCUAACAACAAACAGCACCUCAAGUACAAUUCACCUAAAGCAGCUCCGAUCAUCAGCCCAGCCACCAUUGUGUAAGUCAGCUGACCUGAUGGAUUUGACUGUCGUGUCUUCCUGCUGCAGUUCUUUUCUUUGUGUUUUUGUCUCUGGUCUUUGUUCUGUAAAUAUUGUGUUAGAGUUCAGAGCGUCUGUAGUUCUGUAGUUCGACUCUCAGCUGCUCUUGUUGUUGUUCUGAUCCAGAGUCAGUCUGAGCUGGACUAACUGUAUAUGUGUGUAAAUAAACACAGCUGAGCGUCUGCUGUUACUUUUCUUACUGAACAAUAAAACUGAGGUUGAACAAAGAAACCAGGCUGCAGUCUG